CGGGUUUCACCCCAACUGCCUGCCUGCCAUGAUGACUCAUCAUCGCUCUCUGCUGUUGGCUGUGGUUGUUGUUGUUGUGUGCAGUGGCCACCUCGGUGGUGUGCAUGCACAGCUAGGGCUGCACCUCAACGGCGAUGGCUCCUAUGACGUACGCGUGCGUGGCAACACGUGGCUGACAUCAGCGGACACGGCGUUCUACGUCAACGAUGAGUGGCUGAGCAUCCACAACUUUCGCCUCGCCCUCACGAAGAACACCACCACGCGCGGCGCAAACAGCUACGGCUCCUUCACGGAGUACACCAACACUUGGAAGGCAGCAUCGCAAGUGCACUUUGGCUUUGAGGUUGAGACGGCGUUCAAGGUGUAUGAGAAUGGCAAUCGCAUCAUGUUCACGCAGCGGUGGGUGUCUGGUGGCAAGAACACGUCAGCCGGCACCACAGACAAUGUCCUCUCUUCCUUUCCAUCGUUCAACCUGAGCCAUACCCCACCUUCUUCGCUCCAUCUCGGCUGCGCCGGCUGGUUUGGCACUUUCAUCGACGAUUCCCAUCGCGGGCCCGCCAUUGGCAAGUGGCCGGAUGGCACGGUGGGCGGAAAAGACUUUGGGCCAAUGGUCCUGUUUGAUCGUGACACGGACGAUGCUGUUGUCUUUGCUGCUGCAUCCGAGUUUAUGGCCGCAUCCGUGGAAAAGACCGACAACGCCCUCCGCGCAGGCAUCCUUGGUUCUGUGGAGGAGGUGCCUGCCGGGUUCAGUGUGGCAUUCUCGCUGACACUCAACACGACCGGCGUCAACAAUGCCAUGACGAGCUGGGGCCGCGCCCUCCGCCGCCACUACAACAAGAGCAGCGCCCCUGCACAGUGCGACUUAACCCUGCAGUACCUCGGUUACAACACGGAUCACGGCGCCUACUAUUACUACAACCCGCAGUCGCCCAACUUCAACGAAACGCUCGUUGGUGUGUUUGAGUCUGCAAAGCAGCAGAGCAUCCCCUAUCGCUGGAUCCUCCUCGACUCCUGGUGGUACUUCAAAGGAACCGGGAACGGCGUGAAGAACUGGACUGCAAUGCCGCAGAUCUUUCCCCCAGGCGGCACGGACGGCCUAGCGGAGUUCACUUCCAUCACACAAUGGCCCGUCAUCGGCCACAACAGAUACUGGUCAAACAACACAGAUUAUGCCAUUCAGAACGGUGGCAAGUUUGCGUUUUCGGACAACAAGUACGCGAUGGUUGUGCCGCUCGAGCAGGCCUUCUGGGACUUUCUCCUCGGCAGCAGCAAGAAGUGGGGGCUCGCCGUCUACGAACAGGACUGGCUGUACAACGAGUUCAAUGGCGUCCCACUCCUGACGAAGAACAUCAGCAUGGCCCGCACCUGGCUCAUGCAGAUGGGAAACGCCGCAGCAAAGCACAACCUCACCAUCCAGUACUGCAUGCCGUACCCGCGGCACGCACUCCAAAGCGUUGAAAUCUCACCCGUCACUCAGAUUCGUGCGUCUGACGACUAUGUGCCCGGCGCGGCUGGUCCGGACCAGUGGCGACUCGGAUCGUCCUCCAUCCUCGCACACGCACUCGGUCUCGCCCCAUUCAAGGACAACUUCUGGACCACGCCACGGCAGCCGAAUGCGUCGACGGGGCCGCUCGGGCACGAUGACGCCGUGUGGCGGGAAGCGGCGGUGGCCACGCUCUCUGCAGGGCCCGUUACUCCGGCAGAUGGCAUCCCGUACCAGAACAAGGAGUUGAUCAUGCGCAGCUGCAACGAGGACGGGCUGCUGCUGAAUCCAGACCGCCCAGCCGUCUCCAUCGACCAGACCUUCAAGGCCGCGGCCUUUGGUGCUGCGUUUGGUGCCGCGGGCCAGCUGUGGGCGACCUACUCCACCAUUGGCAGCCACCGCUUCAACCACGUGUUUGCGGCCGAGAUGAAAAACACGUUUGACCUGCUUCCGUCCACGCUGACGGUGGAUGCCACUGCCACGGCCACGGCGACAGAGGGGAUGGUUGCAUAUGCCGUUGCCAACACGACCUCCCUUGAUGUGUCGACGCUUCGUGUGCAGCAGUUCUCGCGCGAGGUUCCCAUUGUCAUUUCAGCCCAAACCUCCACCCCAAACACAUUUGAUCUCUACCACACCGCACCCGUCUUUGACAACGGCAUCGCUUUCCUCGGCGAGCUGUCCAAGUGGGUGCCCACGUCGUCCAAGCGCUUCAAGGGCUUCACCAAGACUGCAUCCAGCAUCAAGGUUGAGGUUGUGGGCGCGCUUGGCGAAAAGGUGACAGCGCACUUUGCCUACAUGUCCAGCAGCACCAACGACAUCACCAUCAAGCAUGCGUCUUGCGUCAUCUCUGGUGGCACCUCGUGCCACAUUGAGUCUCCAUGAUACAACACGCAGUCAUAUGAUGACAAGCAGUCGCGUCAUGUCAUGUCCUUUGUGCUGCUGUUGUCUGUCUGUUUUUGUUUCUUUGUUCCUUCACGCAACGCGGCGCGUGUGUGUCUUCAACACCCGUCCAUGUUUGUGUGCUUCUUUGCAUUGUUAAUUGGGUUGUCUGCUCCCCAAAGUCCAUUGUUCUCAUGCGUGUGCGCGCGUAUGUGUGCGUUCACGCGUAAACCGUUACCGUGA